UUCAUAAUAGUUUCCAACAAGUAGGAAUCUAAACCAACAUUUACAAUCAGUCCAACAAAACUAUGUCAAGUGUAAAAAGUUUACAAGAAAUUAAGUUCAUUAUCAUUUCAAAAAAAGCUAAAUGACGUAUCAGCCAAGUGACCCCAUCGAGUCCCACAUGUGAGACUUAAUUUAUUAAUAUUUAAGUUUUAGUCAGACUAUAAAAGCAAUGCAUGCAAAAAUAAUGAAAUUAAUAUUAGCAAAACAUUUGAAUCAAGUAGAAUUUCUUAUUGUAUUAUGAACGUGACAGUUGAUCAUUUGGAUAUAGGAUCAGAAUCAUCAUGGAAUUAUUCAUUGGUAACUUUAGUAUUUUCACUUGUGGCAUUGGCACUUGCUCACUUUUAUCAUGAAACAAGUCACACAGCGAGAUUAGGGAACCAGAUUCCAGGACCAAAGUCACUUCCAUUUAUUGGAAAUUUUAUGGUUAUUUGGGGAUUGAAAGGAAAUCAUCAUGCAUUCAAGAGAGCAAUGAAGUUGUCAAGAAUGUUUGGAAGAAUUGUCAGAGGCUGGGUUGGAUGGAAGUUGCUGGUUGUUAUUUGGAAUCCUGAAGAUGUUGAAGUCAUCCUAAACAGCCAAGUCCAUAUCGACAAAUCAGAUGAGUAUAGAUUCUUCAAACCUUGGCUUGGAAAUGGCUUACUUAUCUCAACUGGCGAGAAAUGGCGCACGCACAGAAAAUUAAUAGCUCCAGCAUUCCACAUGAAUGUCCUGAAAAGUUUCGUACCAACAUUUAAUGAAAAUAGUAAAAAAGUCAUCAAAAGAUUAAGAAUGGAAGUUGGAAAUGAAUUUGAUUGUCAUGAUCAUAUGAGUGAAGCUACAGUCGACAUCCUACUAUCAACUGCAAUGGGAUUUAAAAAGACAGACAAACAGAAAGAAAUGAGUGCCUUUAAGUAUGCAAUGGCUGUAAUGAAAAUGUGUGAUAUAAUCCAUAAAAGGCAUUUGAAGUUUUGGUAUCGACUCAAUUGGCUGUAUAACUUAUCAAGCUUUAAGAAAGUGGAAGAAAAGUGCUUGAGUGUCAUUCAUGGAUUUACAAAUAAAGUUUUGUCACAGAGAAGGAAUGACUUUAAUGAGAAUCUCAAAAAAGGUAACUUACCAAUGCCAUCUUUACAGGAUAUCAUCAAAACAGCACCAAAAAAUGAUCCAACGGAUGGUCUUCGUGAUGAUCUUGAUGAUAUUGAUGAGAAUGAUGUUGGAGAGAAGAGACGAUUGGCAUUUUUAGACUUGAUGAUUGAAACUUCACAUUAUAAUCCUUCACAAAUUUCAGACGUGGAAAUACAACAACAAGUAGAUACAAUUAUGUUCGAAGGACAUGAUACAACUGCUGCUGGAUCAAGUUUCUUCUUGUGUAUGAUGGGAUGUCAUCCAGACAUUCAAGAAAAAGUUUAUCAGGAACAAAAAGCUAUUUUUGGAGAUUCUGGAAGAGAUUGUACAUUUUCAGACACACUGGAGAUGAAAUAUAUGGAACGAGUAAUUUUUGAGACAUUGAGGAUGUAUCCACCAGUUCCUGUCAUUGCUAGAAAAGUCAAUCAAGAUGUAAAAUUAUCAUCAGAAAAUUACACAAUUCCAGCAGGUUCAACGGUACUCAUUGGAACUUACAAAAUUCACAGAACACCCGAAAACUUUCCGAAUCCAGACAAAUUCGACCCAGACAACUUUUUACCCGAGAAAACAGCAAAUCGUCAUUAUUAUAGCUUCAUUCCGUUCAGCGCUGGUCCUAGAUCAUGUGUUGGUCGGAAAUAUGCAAUGUUGAAGUUAAAAGUUCUGCUCAGUACAAUUGUCAGGAAUUUUAAGGUUAAAUCUUUGGUAAAAGAAGAAGAUUUCAAGCUAAUGGGCGAUAUUAUAUUGAAAAGAUCUGAUGGAUUCCAAAUUGUAUUAGAAGAAAGGAACUGACAAUAAAGAUUUUUAGUGUAGGUUUGGAGUUUUAUUUUU